AUGGCCGCCGUCGCACUCCCCCUCCAAGCAAACAUCAUGGGCCCGCCCCCCGCCGACCCGCAACUCGUCGCCCCCGAGCCCGAACACUGCCCCGGCCCCUCCUCCGAGCUCGCCGGCCAAGGCGACGCCUGCGCCGGCUGCCCCAACCAACAAAUCUGCGCCACAGCCCCCAAAGGGCCCGACCCCGACCUGCCCCUCAUCAACGCGCGCAUGUCCACCAUCGCGCACAAGCUGCUCAUCAUUUCCGGCAAAGGCGGCGUCGGCAAGUCGACCUUCACGUCCAUGCUCGCGCACGCCUUCGCGCAGUCCCCCACCACGCAGGUCGGCGUGUGCGACAUCGACAUCUGCGGGCCGAGCAUCCCGCGCAUGAUGGGCGCGCUCGGCGAGAGCAUCCACUCCAGCAGCUCCGGGUGGAGCCCCGUGUAUGUGGCGGAUAAUCUGGGCGUCAUGAGUAUCCAGUUUAUGCUGCCGGGCAAGGACGAUGCGAUCAUCUGGCGCGGCCCGAAGAAGAAUGGGCUGAUUAAGCAGUUUCUGAAGGAUGUGGAGUGGGGCGCGCUGGAUUGGCUGCUGGUGGAUACGCCGCCGGGGACCAGCGAUGAGCAUCUGAGCGUGUGCGGGUAUCUGAAGGGGACGGGCGUGGAUGGCGCGGUGGUGGUCACGACGCCGCAGGAGGUGGCGCUGCUGGAUGUGAGGAAGGAGAUUGACUUUUGUAGGAAGGCCGGGGUGAGGGUGUUGGGUGUGGUCGAGAAUAUGAGUGGCUUUGUGUGCCCGAACUGCGAGGGUGAGUCGCAGAUAUUCCACGCAACAACGGGAGGUGCCCGCGCGCUCUGCAAGGAGAUGGAUAUCCCGUUCCUCGGCGCUGUCCCUCUCGACCCGCGCAUCGGCGUGGCGUGCGACUAUGGCGAGAGCUUCUUUGACGCCUACCCGGAGAGCCCGGCGUGUGAAGGCUUGAUGGGGAUUAUUGAGAAGCUGAGAGAGGGCAUGGGGUUGCCGCCGUUGGAGAGUGAGGGCGUUGAGGAUCAAUAG